AUGGUCUAUGUUUUACAUGGUCAAGUGUUGGACAGCCAGAAUCAGUCCCCAUGGAGAAUGUCUUUCCUAACAGAUUUCUUCUGGGGAAUAGCAGAAUUUCUGGUUUUCUUUUUCAAAACUUUACUUCAGCAAGAUGUGAAGAAAAGAAGAGGCUAUGGGAGCUCCUCUGAUUCCAGAUACGGUGAUGGAAGAGGGCCACCACCAGGAAACCCUCCACAAAGAAUGGGUAGGAUCAGUCACCUUCACGGCCCUAGCCCUCCUCCAAUGGCUGGUGGAUAA